AUGAACCCCUUCCCCUCUUUCUCCACGCCUCCCCUCAACACGCCAACCGUCCAGUCCCUGUGCAGGCCCUGUCUCCGGGCCCCGUGGAGGAUGAACGAUGUGCCCACGCUGGACUAUGAGUUCUUGCUGUCCCCGGCCAGCUCCUCCCUGCCGGGCGGCGCCCCCGGCGGCGGCAGCAGCCCCCCCCUGGCGCUGGUCGGGGUGGACAACGAGCAGCGGACCGCCCUGGCCUUUGUAGGCCUCCUCAUGCUCUUCCUGGUCUUCCUGCUGGUCAGGUGCUUCAGGAUCCUGCUGGACCCCUACAGCCGCAUGCCCUCGUCCUCCUGGACUGACCACAAGGAGGGGCUGGAGAGGGGUCAGUUCGAUUACGCGCUGGUGUAG